AUGUUCCAACUUGGGAGCCUUGUUGUCCUUUGUGGUCUGCUCAUUGGAACGUCAGACUCACUUUUGGGUGACUUAGGAAACGUUGUGAAGGAUUUGGACAUUGGAAAUGCUGUGAAGGAUUUGGACGUUGGAAAUGUUAACCUAGAUGUGGGAUCUCUUCAAAAAACCACGGAUUGGGCAUUAGCCAAGAACAACAUUCUAGGAGCUUUGAAUGCAUUGGACCUCAGCAAAUUAAACCCCUUUUCAUCUCAGAAUGGUUACGGGUUGCGAAUUAACAAACUCAGCUUCCUGAACUUGCAAGCUGAACCAUCUUCCAACCUCCAAGGCAUCAAUCUGAAGCUUCCCCUGGUUUUGGAUGCCUCUGUGACUCUGCCUAUUAUUGGAUCCAUGGUUGACGUCUCUAUUUCCUUGGACCUUGCAACUUCACUCGGUGUUCAAACUGAUGCCAAGACUGGCCUUCCCACGCUGAGUAUAGGGCAAUGCUCAAGUGAUACCGACAAUAUCUCCAUUUCCUUGUUGGGCAGACGAAGCACCCUUAUCAACAGAUUAUUGGAUGGUGUCUCUAGCCUCCUUACAAAGUCAGUGAGCAGCCUGAUGCAAAACCAAAUAUGUCCUGUGAUCGAGUUCAUAUUCAGCCAUCUGAAUGUAAAUCUUACUCAAGACCUCCUCUCUAAUCUACAGUUGCCAGUCUCCCUCUGA